AUGUUGAUGUCGCUCUGUCGCUUUGCACUGCUGGCCAUCGCAGCUGCAGAGUUCUACGAGCCCUGCACACCCACACGAGCUCUCCAGGCUUUGCAGGGAGUGCGUUCACUGGAUCCUGGGUCAGGCGACUUCAAUAGCUUCUGCCAAAAUUGCAGCCAGAAGUCCUCGUCUCGGCGCCAGAAUGUCAUCCCUUGCUGUGGUUGCUUUGCAGGGCUCCUGGCGGUUAAAGGGGACGUCGAGUACGAGCUUACCAAACUCAAAGUGUUGCGCCAAGUCGAUGCUAAAAAGCUGCAGAAUAGGUCAGUGGCAUUACAACUUUACCGUGUGAAGCUCCGCCGUGGUCCCGGUCUCGCCGAAGCUAGGGCAGCUUUACGAAGAAAGUUCAUGCAAAUCCAACACUCUCUCAGCUACACCGCUGGCAUGGCCCUGCGUUUCGCGGAUGAGCGAAAUCUCGGAUUGCAGGGCGAUAGGUUUGCUGCUCUCAUGAGCGAGUUCUUCGUUUAUUUUAAGCUGGAGCAUACCGAACCAACAUACCGGAUGAUGGUGCAGAACCACAACACGUGCUUGCUAGAUAUCUUCGCUGGCAGGUGUGACAAGCGGAAUCUACCGAUCUUCGAGAAGUUUCCAGCAGCACAGGGACCUUCGCAGGAGGGCUUCAUGUUAGACUUUCUUGGAGUGUCAGUACCUAUUGAGGCGGAUUGUCAAGCAACGCAGUACGCACUGCUGGCACCAGGCAGGACCAUGCUGUGCGAGUAUUACAAAUCAGGCAUGCCUUUGCCUCGAGUUUGGCCUGUGCUAGACGAGGAGUAUUUGGAAUGGGCUGAUAUCCUCACGACUGCGAUGGAUGCGGCAAAAGAAGGAAGGCCUUUCCGCAUGGCUGAGUUUGGCAGCGGGCCUUACGGAAUUUGGGCCAUGCGUGCGGCAAAGGCCUUCGCUGCGGUUGCAGCUGACCAGCCCUGUGAGUUGCUACUUGUGGAGCCUUUUGAACUGGGAGAUGGCUCCGUCUUGCGAACACACACAGCUAUGAACCUGCCUCUUGGGCGGUGUAAAUUUCUGGUGCACGAGGAUCUUCUGAGUACGAACGACCAGGUCAAAGCUUUGCUGGGAUCGGGUGAUCUUUGGGAUCUGGUCGACAUAGAUAUACAGGGAGCAGAGGGCGAGAUACUGCCAGGCUUGUUCACUUGGCUGUCGACUCGAGUUCGGCGCCUGCAUGUAUCAACACAUACGCGCCAGAUUCACUGGCAACUCGUCGAGGAGCUAGAAAGGGACGGCUGGCAGAUCCAGGCUCAAUAUCCUACCUUCUCCAUGGUGGGCCUGGAAAGCAAUGCUUUGGGGGGAUUUCUUACCUGCGAUGGCCACAUUAGUGCACUGCCUCGUUUUUGGCAGUGGACAUAG